AAUUUGUUCUAAAUAGUUUAAGUGAUGCUUGUGCCAACUGGGUUUAGGUUCAACCCAACUGAUGAGGAGCUCAUCGAACUUUUAGAAAGGAAAGUAAAUAGGAAGCAAAUGCCUCUCCAUGAUUGUUUCAUUGUUGAAAGAAACUUGUAUGAGCUUGAACCAGAAGACCUUAAAAGGGAUCCAGCCAUGGCUUUACAAAAGAAUGAGAGAUAUAUUUACUGCUUAAGAGAAAAUGGUUCUCGCGAAGUUUCAGGUCGAGGAUGGUGGAAAGCUACAAGCCAUGUCAAGAAGAUUUAUUCUAAUGAAACAAAUGUGGUGGGUUAUAAGAGGCCUCUCACAUAUCACAAAUUUACUGGUAACAAACGAAAACGUAACAAAGCCAUCAAGACCAAUUGGAUUAUGUAUGAAUAUAGCCUUGAGUCCUACAAAACGGAAUGGAGAUUAUGUAAGGUCAAGUAUAGGGGAAAACAAAGUGUGCAAGAAGAGCUGGAGAAUAUUAAAAGAGGUUUCAGAUCAAGUAAGGAUAUUUCUGAGGAAAAUUUUUCAAAAAUGGAGAUGAAGCCAGUUUUUCUUGAAGAAGACAAACAACAACCGCAAUCUCUUGAACAAAUUGACACAAUUUAUGAACCUGAAUUUACUCAAAACUUGCAACCGGAAGAGACAGACGAGCAAGAACUGCUGCUUUACUCUUCAAAUGAUCCAAUUUUAACCCAUAUUAUAAAUGAUUUUAAUUUUGGCGAUUAUAAUCAAUUGGAGAAACCAUAUUCACUAGAUGAAUUAUUUCCUAGCUUUUGGUGAAAUUAAUUAAUGUUAAUGUUUAGUUUGUACUUUUUAGAAAACAAUUUUGUAAUUGAAGUCUUCUGUGCAUCGAAUUUAUUAAUUACAG